AAGUAGUUUUGUAGCAGGAAGCUGACUAACGACAUAAAGAGUUUGGAACCGUUUACGCACAGUAUAUGGAUCGUUUUUACGCAAAGAUUUUACGCAAAGGUCAACCUUGUGGAAAGUUAUAUAUUCCAAUUUGAAAAUAGGGAAAUUCUGUAUCUCUGCAAGCUUUAUGACACGAUUCAAACACCCCCAGCAGGACUCGGCUUCUCCCCACUGGUUCCUGAUAUUGUUCCCUGCUGCUCCCUCCCCUUUCCCGGCUCCUCCUCUGCCGGGCUUCUCGGUCCACCGAAGCCGAUCUUCCCAAAACUUUCCGUGCCAGGGCUUCCUGUUCAAAAAAAGCUCCUAGUGUUGUAUGUAGGCACAGAAUUGGUGCCGAUGGAGGGAGACGCGUAAAAGAUAUGAAAUAUAAAAAAAAAAGAUGGUACUGAUGACCGAGCAGGCGGACAGACCUCUGACCCCGUUAUCCGCACCGGAGCAACUUUCCAACAAGGACUCCCGGGGGACUCGGUCUGAGUUGGAGAAUGGAGGUGAGAGGAGACAGAGGAGACACAGAGGCUCACCUGCAGACCUCCUGCUGUGUCCAGAGUCAGAGGCAGACCCCUCAGAGAGCAAGAGGAAACCAGCUGGCAUGAGAUUGAAACCAGUGGAGCAGCUUUCUCCAGUGCUGAGUCCGAGUGACUGCGAAACAAAGUUUCAACGGAAAAAAACCCAGCCUGGUCACUUAUCAAAGACAAACGCCCAGUAUCAUAAGUUAUUCAAGGAGGUCAGCAAAGAUGAGUCGCUCAAACAAAGUUACACAUGUGCCCUGCAGAGAGACAUCUUAUAUCAGGGCAAAAUGUUUGUCUCUGAUAACUGGAUCUGUUUCCACUCCAAAGUCUUUGGCAGAGAUACAAAGAUUUCCAUCCCGGUGAUGUCUGUGACAUUUAUUAAAAAAACUAAAACUGCGUUAUUGGUGCCAAACGCCCUCGUGAUUGAAACUACAAGCGAUCAGCAUGUGUUUGUGUCCUUCCUCUCACGAAACACCACCUACAAACUUCUGAAGACCAUCUGCAUUCAUCUGGAGGUAAAUAUCAUCUUUAACCCUCAGGGCCCGCUUUGA